CAUACAACACCGCGUGGGAGUAUGGAGAAGCAGAGAACCUAAACCAGAGCAUCUCUCUCGACCUCCUUCCUAUAUUCUGGUUUAGUAGGGUCCGGUUUUUCCUUCUAGUUAGUCCCCCGAGCUUCAGUUUCUGAGUAGUGCUUCCGUAACACGUACUCUAGGCUCUGCUAUUUUUUCCCCCGUUCGGGUUUUUCGCCUGGACCGAGAAGUGGUGCACCUACCACCAGUCAGAUUCGCACAAUACCACGGAGUGCCGGAGUAUGAAAGUUUUACUCCGGGAGAUGGUAAACAAAGGUGAUUUCAGCGGAGAGUACGCGGAAGAGGCGAGAAAGGCAAAUAGGUGGAACCGCCCGGGAGAAGGAGAAAAGGAUAAGGCGAAGAAACCCGCUACAACGAAAGAGUACAUAACCAUGAUUGUGGGAGGUCCUGAAGGAGGAGACACGGCGUCUCAAAGGAAGAAUUGGGCCAGGAGCUUGAACGUGGCCACAGUAUCAGCAGAACCGCGUACAAAAAAUACAAAGAGAGAGCCCAUCACUUUUAGUGACAGGGAUUUGCCCCAUACCGGGGAAGAUCAUAAUGACCCAUUGGUCAUUACAAUGGAUAUAAAUGGUGCGGACGUGGCCAGAGUAUUAGUUGACACAUGGAGCAGUGUUAAUGUUCUAUACUUGGAGACGUUCAAGAAGCUAAAGUUGGAUAGGUCGCAACUGGAGCCCCUGCAGACUCCUUUGUCACGCUUCACUGGAGCAACGAUUGAGGCGGAAGGAACUAUUACAUUACCUGUAGAACUGGGGACAUGUAGCAAGGUGGUGAGCAAGCGAAUGAAGUUCGUGGUGGUUGAUAUCCAUUGUGUGCACAAUGCGAUCCUGGGGCGACCCGGGAUCAACCAUGUAAGGGCAAUUAUUUCUAUGACUCACCUGUGCAUGAAGUUUUACACCCCCCAUGGCAUUGGGGAAGAAAGAGGUGACCAGAGGAAUGCUAGGUCAUGUUACCUGGAAGCUGUAAAGAAGAUGACCCGCCUCUUUGAGCGGAUCAAGGUCAUCUCCCAACAAGUGGAGAAGGGAGAAGAAAAGCAAAGGCUGGAGCCCGACUCUAGCACGGAAGAGGUUCAGAUUGACUCAGCCAUACCAGAAAGGGGGGUCAGGAUUGGUACCGGGUUACCGGUUGAACAGAAGGAUGCAAUCAUUCAGGUCCUCACCAGGUACAACUCUUUAUUUGCUUGGAGUGUGGCGGACAUGCCGAGGAUAGACCGAUCGGUGAUAUGCCAUCGUCUAUCAGUAAUGGAAGGGUCUCACCCUGUGAGACAAAAGAAAAGAUAUUUGGCCAGCGAGCGUAGGGAGUUUGUGAAAAAAGAAGUCAAAGAUUUGCUUGGGGCCUUGAAUGGUGCUGAGAGCUGGUAUACCUCCAUGGAGAAGGCCGGAUAUGCAUUAUUCAUCACGGCGAAGAAGCUUGCCUCUUACUUCCAGGCUCACCCAAUUGUGGUCUUGACGGACCAACCCCUUGGUAUGGUCAUUAGAAAUUCCACAUCCUCGGGGAGGAUGAUAAAAUGGGCAAUGAUGUUGACCCAGUUCAACAUUGAAUAUCGUCCCCGAACGGCCAUAAAAGGCCAAGCUGUUGCCGAUUUCUUGGUCGAGAUGACGGGUCACAAGGAAGAAGAGCAUGAGAAGGUAAUUACUGAAUCUUGGUGGACUAUGUCGGUAGACGGGGCAUCCGGACCAAAAGGUUAUGGGGGAGGAGUGGUCUUCACCACUCCAGAAGGGUUCAAGGUUUACCACGCCUUGAUUUUUAAGUUCAAACUAACCAACAAUGAAGCGGAAUACGAGGCCCUGAUAGGUGGGCUGAGGUUGGCUAAAUCCCUGCAUGUUUCACGCCUGGUCAUCAAAUCGGAUUCGAGUCUGGUGGUAGGGCACGUCAAUGGGAAUAUGGAAGCAAAGGGAGAGAAGAUGCAACAAUAUCGAGACCUGAAAUGUCCAUCUUGCCAGAUUUUUUACAAAUUCCCAGGGCGCCCCGCAACUUACUAUCAUCCGGUGUCCAAUAUUGUCCCGUUCGCAAGAUUUGGACUUCAUAUCGUGAGAGCUUUCCACGUGGCUCAAGCAAGUAAGAAGUAUGUUGUUGUGGCCAUUGACUAUUUCACGAAAUGGGUGGAAGCCGAAGCUUAUGCGACUAUCACUACAAAGCAAUGUCAAAAAUUUGUGUGGCAGGACAUCAUAACCCGGUUUGGAGCCCCACGAAGCAUUGUCAGUGAUAAUGGACCACAGUUCCGGAAUCCAUGCUUCACCAAAUACUUAGAAGAUUUUGGAAUCACUCACAAUAAGGCAUCAGUGGCCUACCCCCAGGGAAAUGGUCAGGUAGAGAAUGCAAAUCGAACCAUAGUGGAUGGUAUCAAAAAGCGACUGGGGAAGGCCAAGAAGAACUGGCUGGAGGAACUACCACAUAUCAUAUGGGCCUAUCGGGUGACAUCAAGGAGGGCUACUGGAGAAACACCUUUUGCCCUCACUUAUGGUUGUGAGGCAAGAUUGCCAAUUGAGGCAAAGAUCCCAACGUUCCGUGAGGCAGAAUACAACGAGGAAGAAAACAACGAGAGUCACAUGGCUGAACUAAACAUGGUCGAGGAAAGGAGGGCCAUGGCUGAAAUGAAAAUGAUGGAAUACCAGUAGACGGUGAAGGCUUACCAUGACAAUAAGGUAGGACCCCGUUACUCCAAUAAUCCGCCCAGGGACCUACAAGCUGGAAACCUUGGAGGGGAAAGAAGUUGAGAGGUGCUGGAAUUCGCACCAUCUAAAGAAGUUUUAUUGUUGAAUAGUUAAAAAGGUUGUGCUUGGUGUGUGUAAUUGAAAUCUUCUCAACGAAUGAAUGGAAACUAUUUUC